CCAUGGCUGGGAGCGAGGAGCGGCCAUGUUUUAAUGCUGAGAUGACAAAUACAGGAUAAAAUGCCCAGCUGUGAGCCCAAGACACGGUUCAUACCAGCCACGUGUGCUUGGACGCUUCUACUAGCAUGCACCACUCUUUUCUUCGUCUAUCCAUGUACUUCUCUGUACUUCAGAUGGGGCAUCUACGUCCCAGUGUAUCAGGGUGUUGUCACACUCUUUGUGGUGCUCAAUUUCUCUUUAGCCACGUUUAUGGAUCCUGGAGUUAUACCAAAAGCCUCAACAGACGAGGACCGGGAUGACGACUUCCGAGCGCCACUUUACAAGAAUGUAGAGAUAAAUGGCAUCACAGUACGCAUGAAGUGGUGCGUAACGUGUCAUUUUUACCGGCCCCCACGUUGCUCACAUUGCUCAGUCUGCAACCACUGCAUUGAGACUUUUGACCAUCACUGCCCGUGGGUCAACAAUUGCAUAGGUCGAAGGAACUACCGCUAUUUCUUCAUGUUUCUGUGUUCACUCAGCAUCCAUAUGAUCUCCAUCUUUGCAUUUUGUCUUGUCCAUGUCCUUGAUAGAAAAGAUAACCUCACUGAAGUCAAGACUAUUAUAAGAUUGACUAACAAUCCUGCUGAGUCAAUGGUCAUAAGGUCAGUGCAGUGCAGGUAGUCAGUGAGCCAGUCAGCUGUCAGUAGUGAUUUUGGGUGCAGGGUUGUGGAGGUGGAGGGAAAACUUUCUACUCUUGACUCUAACUCUGACUCCACAACCCUGUGUCAGUAGGUGGGGCAGUGGGUAGUAGUGGUUCCACCUUUCCACACCACCUUCCCUGAGCUAAGUACAGUAAGAGUGGUUUCUGUAGCAGAACAGGGUGCAGUUAUGAAGAGGCCAUGCUUGCCAGUAAAGGCAAUGCCCUACUUUUAGAAUUUUAAUUAUGUAAAUUUGUAGAUUUGAAAAAAAAGG